AUGAAUAAAUUAAUAAAUAAAAAUAAUAAUUUAGAAAAUAAUAAUUUAGAAAAUAAUAAUUUAGAAAAUAAUAAUUUAGAAAACAAUGAAUUUAAUUUCACUAAUUUUUAUACAGUAUUACCUCAACAUAAAACUAUUAAAAUUAUUGAUAUAGAUUUUUUAACAUGAUUUAUAGGGUUUUUUGAAGCAAAUGGUUCAUUUGAAAAAAAUGGUUGUGUAAAUAUAACUCAAAAGUCAAGUGAUGUAAAAUUAUUAUAUCAAAUAAAAACUGUAUUAGGUAUGGGUAAGGUAUUUAAAAAAUGUUCAAAAAAUGAAACAAUGAGAUGACAAACAAAUAAUACAAAUAUAAAUAUAGCUGUACAAAUAGCUUUAUUAUUUAAUGGAAAUAUAGUAACAUCUUCUAAAUUAAAUUCAUUUAAAAUUUGAUGUGAACAUUGAAUGAAAAAUGAACAAUUUAAAUCAUUAAUAGGAUCUGACUUUAUAAUACAAACCAAACCUCAUCCUCAAUAUAUAUCAUUAAAUAAUGGUUGAUUAUCAGGGUUUAUAGAUGGUAAUGGAUAUUGGAAAAUUUCAUUAUCAAUAGUCAAAAAUAAACGUAAUCCAAUUAACAACAUUAAAAUGUGUGUUUUUACACAAAAUGAUAUAGAAUGAAUAAAUAAUGUAUUAACUGUAUUAAAAUUAGGAAGACGAGAUGGACAUAAAAAUGUCAAAUGAACAAUCUCUAAAUAUGAGGAAAUGAAUCAAAUUAUUAAAUAUAUAAAUUCUUACCCACAUAAAACUAUGAAAAGUGUUGCAUUUACUAAAUUUUGUAAAUUAAGAAACAAAAUUUUAAAUAAAAAACAUUAUGGUGUUGGUUAUGAACAAAUGAAACUUUUAAGUUUAGAAAUUAAUAAAUUUUAUUAA